AUGCUCACGCUUCGCUAUAUGGUGGAAAACUCGCCGUGGAAGGACAAAGACAUGCCAGGGAUCUACUUUGCAGAACCGCACCUCGAUCAUUACCCUCCCAUCUUCGAUUUUGGUGUUGCCCUUACUAUGCCCGAAAUUCUCGACUUUGCUGUGAAGAAGGGAAUCAUUGAGAAAUUGCCAGCGUCGGACGAUGAUAUGCGGAGACUACCUUUCAAUGUUCAAGAGUACUUCAACGAGAAAUUCGGCUUCAAGUCGAUGGUCCAGUUUGGCAUGCCACAGAUUGCCUCGAAGGAGCGUCUCUUCAGCUUCGGUGUGUGGACCAACUAUAAAUGCUGUGUUUCCGAGAGCAAGAAAUUGCACGUUGUGGAGGUGAUGAAACAGGAGUUUGACGUGGAGGAUUUGACGUGGUUCAUAUCAUACAUGAACGAGGGGCUCAAGUCCCACUACACGGUGCCAGAAGAUAAAUUUUUGGCAUUUUUGGCGGCGGCUAGACGUUGA